AUUGCAGCGCUGGGAAAAACGGAGCUGGACCCUUGUGACUCCCAGCGUGUGGCUGAUACAGUUACCUGCAGGACAGUGAACUACUGAGGCUGCAUUUGUUACUUGAACAUUAAGAGACUAGCAGUUCGGUCGUUCACUGUGCUGGCUGGAUUUGCUUGUGUUUGUUCUUAGCCACUGCUCAUGUAAUGCACUCCCUUAACCAGGAAAUUAAGGCCUUCUCCCGGAAUAAUCUCAGGAAGCAAUGCACCAGGGUGACAACGCUAACUGGAAAGAAAAUUAUAGAAACAUGGAAAGAUGCCAGAAUUCAUGUUGUGGAAGAAGUAGAGCCGAGCAGUGGGGAAGGUUGUGGUUAUGUGCAGGACCUUAGCCUGGACCUGCAAGUUGGUGUUAUUAAGCCAUGGUUGCUCCUGGGGUCACAAGAUGCUGCUCAUGAUCUGGAUACACUGAAAAAGCACAAGGUGACUCAUAUUCUCAAUGUUGCAUAUGGAGUUGAAAAUGCUUUCCUCAGUGACUUUGUAUAUAAGAGUAUUUCUAUUUUGGAUCUACCUGAGACCAAUAUACUGUCUUAUUUUCCAGAAUGUUUUGAAUUUAUUGAACAAGCAAAAAUGAAGGAUGGAGUGGUUCUUGUUCACUGUAAUGCAGGAGUUUCCAGGGCUGCUGCAAUUAUAAUAGGCUUCCUAAUGAAUUCUGAAGAAAUCUCAUUUACCAGUGCUUUUUCUUUGGUGAAAAAUGCAAGACCUUCCAUAUGUCCAAAUGCUGGUUUUGUGGAGCAGCUUCGUACAUAUCAAGAGGGCAAAGAAAGCAAUAAGUGUGACAAAAUACAGGAAUUAGAAGAAACAACAGUUCCUGAGUUACAUUCUAGCUGAUGAUGGACAGUUGGUCUCUAGAGCCACCUUUCCCCUUUUUGAGAGUAAACUAGUAGAAACUUCCUUCUCUCAUGCUUUUUUCAAGUGGAAAUAGAGGUCAAUUGGUUGUCCUAAGUUAAGGUAUAAAUAAAUUUUUUAAAUUAUAUCAUGUUUUCUUUAGUAUUAUAAUAUGUGAUUAAAUGCUUCUUUGAUUUGCUAAGGGAAAAUAACAAUGUAUUACCAAUAAUUGAUUUCUGUAGAAAGAAAAGGUUUAAAUUUAAAAUCUAUAUCAAAGCAUGAAAGAUUAAAUUAGUUGAUUAAAACUUUUGGUAGUUUUCUAUUCCAGCAACUGUUUCCAUGAAGGAAAAAACUUGAAGUGCUACUUGACUUACUAUUUCAGAGGGAGGUAAAUUUCUUUGUGAAGAAUUUAAGAUUAAAAAACAAUACCUUAAACCUCCCAAAAGAGGCAACCAAAAUCUGAAGGUUUACACAAAUUUAUGUAGCAGUUAAAAUAUUCACAAGAUUUUUAUGUCCUUUUAUGAAAAUGUACCCACUUUUCAUUUUGAUUCUUUAAUUUAACUGUAUUCCCGGUGUUUAUUUUUAAAGUUUUUUGUAUAGCUAUUCUCUCUUACUUUAUUGUGAGCUUAUGGUUCUUUUAUUAGGUGAUUAGUCUCUUACAUUGUAUGCUUUUUAUUCUGGGUCCCUAGCAUUCUGUUUUUGCGUCUGACGUCAUAAUUAUCUGAUCUUGGAUCUGUGGGAAAGUGUUUUAUACUAAAAAAUCAUUUUUAAAAUGUGGUUUGAUUAAUGAUCUGUUUUCUAGUUCAAUAUUCUACUAGGGAACAUAUUUUUAAGGAAAGAACAGUUAUGGUUUUGUAAGAAAUUUUGCAUACAUUUUUAAAAAGCCCAAAAUCAUUUACAAUUUUAUUUCUGGCCAGAGGCUUUGAUUAGUUUUUUUUUAAUUAAGUCUCCAUAUUAGCAAGGCUGAACUCUGUACAUUAUGAAUUUGCUUAAAGAUAUUCUUUUAAUUAUUCAAAAUGUACUUAAAAUUAAUUAUAAUAAUUAAGAUAGAAUUUAUUUAAUAGCUUUCAAGUAGACUUUCAAGACUUAGAAAAUAUCAUUGCCCUCUAGAUUUUAUUAAGAAAGUCCUGAGCUCUUCUUAAUUACACAUUAUAGAGAGCAAGCAUUUUCCUAUACAUAAUUUGGAAAGUGCACACUGAGCACAUCUGUGCAUUUGAGAAAGCAGGCUUUCUUAUGCUGCCAGGAGCAAAAAGUAGAGAUGAUAAAUGCAAAUUAUGUUUCAAGAUUGCUUAUAGCCUGACAAGAUGCCAUCAUAUGCAAAGCUAUGAACUUUGCUUCUAUUAAGAGGCAGCAUAAAUGUAAUCAACCUUCUGUGAGCUGUUUGAAGCCUAACAAGGCAGACAGAAUCCUCUUAAAUAUGAGACUGGUGUAUAAUACUGUCUUUAUGGUCAAUAUUGCUGAGGGUUUGCUGGGUGAACCUUUUCCAUUCACAUGAAAGCAUUUAUUUAAAUACAUUUUCCUUUGUUAUUGCUGUUUAGUUUUCAGCCAUUAAAUGUUGUGAAUAUGAAGCCUUAAAUUGAACUUAUUCCUUAUGGAUAGUUUAUUAUUUUUGUCUGUAGUUUGCGUAGUUUUUUCCUGUAGUGAUCUGGUUACAGUACAAACACGUAUCUUCUGUAUCAUCUACAGAAGUGCUUUGAGCAUCAAUUUUGUUUUCUCUUAACUGAUAAUAGUUUGCUGUAUGUAAAAUAAAUCAGUAAAGGUAAUUGUCUUUUAAAUUAGGGGUACUAUGUAAGGCAAUGAUGGGUCAUCCGUGGAGCAUGUUUAUUGGGCUUCUCAUGGAUAUGUCACUGUGUCAUACCUAGUUAUUUAUAAAAAGGAACUUUAUCAUUAUGAUUCUCUGUCUCACAUAUUAUAAACAGAUCUCAAAUAUUCAUCUGUUUCAAGGGAGUGGAAAAAGUAUUUCAAGGAUUUUUGGCCUCUAUAUUAAAAUAGAUUUUCCUAUUUUAGAAAGUCCCCUUCAAAGGUAAUUUCUCCAAAGAUUCUGGAAUGUAACAAGUAUAAAUCAGAGUAUUGUCUUAAAACCUUACCCAGUGAAUUAACUCAAUGAAUUAACACCUUUAUAAGCAAGACCACAAUACAUUAAAAAAAAAAACAAACAGAAAUGUAGCACAGUUAAUUAAUUGAUUUUGUGAGUUUAGCUAGUUGCUUUUUCUGCCCAAAUCAUCCUGAACAUAUUUAGUCACCCUGUAGUUAUUUAAGAAUUUAAAGCAGAAGAAUUUAAAGCAGAAGAUUUUAAAGUUUUAUAUUCUUGUGAUACAUACAGUGACAUUUUAUGAUUAACACAUUUAUGGUUCAUUGCCUUUGAUAUACUUUUAAAAAAGCUUAUAGUUAAGCUUUUCUACUUCAAGUGAAACUUUGACUUACUGUUUUGUAUCCAUAUUUAUAAUGUGCCCCUUAUUUCUAGGUAUUGAUAUACUUUAAUAAAAAUAAUAAAUUUACUAUUUCUCCAAUUAA